AGGCACUGUGAGCAUGAGUUUUUUUUAGUCGCUAUUUCAACUUUGAAGUGAACGCACGUCAUUUUUGUCGCGCGCGUUGUUACAAUCCCCUCUUUGUGAAGGAGCCAAACGAAACCCGAAACUGAAAACUGAGCCAAUCGAAUAACACGCACACUUUCAAAUUUUGUGCAUGUGCGUGUGCGAGAGCGAGCGGUCACUAAAAGUAAUAACGUGUUUACAAAAAAGUAGGAAUGCCCCGUAAUACUCUCAAAUAAAAACGAAAGAGUGCAAGUGUGGCGGCAAUAAUAACAAAAACGUAUUCAAUGAAAAUGUGAGCAAGUGCAGGUCGUGGAAAUGAAAAAUCUUUGAGCCCCCGCUCGAAAUGCCGCAUUUGUUGCGUGCCGAAAACAUUUGUCAGGCAUUUGUUGUUAUUGCUGGGAAAACUGAGAAAACUGUUGCGGUUGCGGUUAAUUAAAACGCGAAAAGUGGAACACAAGGAGUAAUCAUCUGGCGACCCCAAAACUAACAAAAAUUAAAAAUAGUCGAGCCAACCGAAAAAGUGGAGAAACCAAAAACUGAACCUUGUAAGAGCGAGGCCUUAGCUUUUUCAUCGUCAGUUUUUAGGCAGCAGUAUAGGGGGUGCCCCAAAACAACAACUUAAUGUCCAAAUGAAAUAAGUGAAAAUUUCACACCGAAAUUAAUAAAGACAUUAGUGCGUGUGGGCGUGGCUCAUUUGGGGCAUUUAACGGAAGCCAAGAUGUGUGCGGAGGAUCCAUUCACCCAGCACCAGCUGCCGCACCACCAUAAAACCGAGCACCACCAAUGCCACCAACAGCUGCGAAUGAAUAUGGAGCAACAGGACGGAACUCCAGGAGCGAGAAAAUCGGCCACAGCAAGGACGGCGGCUACGAGUUUGCAGAUCUGGUAUAUCCUACAUGUGAUACUAGUCCUAAUCGACAUUAGCAGCUCGCUGACAAUGACCGAGGUGAAGAUACCCAAUCACAUAAUGCGCCUGAAGAGCGCCACUCUGGGCUGCCGUUACGCCCUCGACGGGGAGUCCUUGUACUCGGUGAAGUGGUAUAAGGACGGGCACGAGAUCUACCGCUAUGUGCCACGCGAUAAGCCCCCCGGACAGUCCUUCCCCCUGCCCGGAGUCAACAUCGAUCUGCGUAACUCCUCGGACACCCAGAUUCUCCUGCGCCGCGUUACCCUCCAGAGUUCCGGACUUUAUCGGUGCGAGGUGUCCGGCGAGGCGCCCGCAUUCAACACCGUAUCCGAGUCGGAGACCAUGACCGUUGUGGUGACCCCCAACCACGGACCGAAAAUAACAGGUGGCCAGCCGCGCUACCAAAUUGGAGACAUCGUUCGGGUUAACUGCACCUCAUCGCCGUCCAAGCCCGUCUGUCACCUCAGUUGGCUAAUAAAUGGGGAACCGGUGCAAAAGACACACCUUCGGCAAUACGACAAGGUGGUGGUGAAUCGAGAUGGGUUGGAGAUGGCUCGCUUGGGGCUGGAGUUCCGGGUGAGGUCCUUCCACUUUAAGCACGGCGACAUGAAGUUAAAGUGCGUGGCCAAGAUCAGCUCACUGUAUCUGCAAAGCAACGAGGAGAGUGUGGAAAGCGAUCGCCAGCAUCGGGCCCCGGCAUUGGAAUCUCGGGAGACGGUAGCAGCCAAGUCCAGCACGAUUGCUGCCGCCUGUUCAAAACUGCCAUCAAGCCUGAUUGUCUCACUGCCUCCUGUUCUCCUGCUGCUGCUGUUUCAAAAUUGGAACUGGCCACGAAAUAGUUAACUCUUUCAAAAUUAGGAUCUCAAAAACUGAAGCCCAUUAACUAGCAGAGCCGUUCGUAAAAGCAGACAUAUCCUACGCCAAAAACUUUAAGACAGAAACCAAAGGAUUAAUUUAUAUAAUAACCUUUGGUUUAAUUCAAAAUUCAAUCGAUGUAUGUGUGCAUGAACAAGGGGAUACAUAUAUGUAUUACCUAAUUAAGAGCCAGAUAUUACACUUGAAUAUCGAAAUGGUAACUACUUAACGCGAGCAUUUAAGCAGAGGCUAAGAAAUUGUAAAUAAUUAUUCGUAGUAUUAGGCAAUUGUAUGUAGUUUUAAGAAAUUGUUGUUUAGGCAAAUCAUUCGUUGAUCUUAUGUGAUAUUUUCUUCAUUUUGAAAGCGAUAGGAAGUAAAACCGUGUAGAAAAUGAUUUUCAUUCAACGUAUUUGAUUUAAUUUUGAAAAUCCUUUAUCCAAUCCAAUUUAUCAUCCAUUUCGGGCAUAUCAAAAGCAACAAAACAUUUCGAUUGUAAAAAACAUAUUCGCACUUUGAUCUACAUACCAAGACAAGUCUACAACUUAACCCAACACAAUUUUUCAUUAACUUAAGAUUUUAAGCAAAUGUAAGAAAAUUGUAAAGCAAAAAGUCUAAACUUUAUAGAAUUAAAACAAUGAAAACCCAAAGUAAUAUCAGCCAGAAAGUAAUGUAAGCUAAGACUAAGCAAAAACUUGCAUUUGCAUUCCAAAAAUUCCUCAAAGAGAAAGAUUAUGAAUAAGUAUUUUCAUCAGAAAGCUGUAAAUAGCCAGACAAGAAGCCAAGGAUUGCACAAGUUAAAAACUUUAAAAUUUGGCAGAAGUCCUGAUAUAAGCGUGUAUGUAACUGAAUGUAAUCAGUUUAAUCAGUGCCAAGCUGAGAAAUGUCAAUGGGGUCAUUUCAAAAUUCAACUUAUAAAAUAUUGUAGGAAACGAAACUAUGCCUGAUUGUUUUUAAUCAUUCCUGAGAACAGUUUGCGUCUCACACACACCGUUUCGUUAGUUUGUUAAAAAAGAACUUACACAUCCUAGUUUAAGUCAGAUGUAUGACCAGGUGAUAUUCACAGCUGAACUCUUGCACCACAGAACUGUGGGCAGCCAAAUCGAGGAGACACGGCGCCAUUGGGAGGAGCGGUGCUCUUGGUUUCCGGCUGCCCAAAGGAAUAUGGCAUCAAGGUGUUCAGAAAUUUACAAGGAGAGUCUUGAAAAAUACGGCAACGAUUACUACGAGUUCUAUGCCAAUAGGAAUCGUCUGAAGGAAGAACACAGAGUUAAUACCAAGUCUUAUAAACGUCGGGAAAGAAGAAGGUCCCACAGGCCAAUGGACCACUUAAAAGACUAUAGGGUGUCACCAACUUCAAACGGGGAGUACGGAAGUGUUCGGCCAAUGCUUCUCCUUCAAUGGCUUUAGAAAACUGAAAGCAUAAAAUUUUAAAGUUUGAAAAAAUAGUAUGAUAGUAUAAAUAAACAUGUAAGCAACCUUACGGAGAUAAGGUGUAUUGACCUUAAAUAAAACAAACUGUAGAAAAGAAAAAUGAAAAGAUUUCAGCUAUGUUUUCAGUAACUGACAUUGGUUAUUUUUAAAUAUUCAAUUGUAUUAUGCCUAGAUUUCAAUUUCAAUUUCAAGGAGUCUUUUAAAAUUAAAUUCUCUUUUAAAAAAGUAGAAACGCCACUUUAAAACGUUUUAAAGGUAAACGAAGGCAUUUUCCUUUAAACACAUUUAUAAAAAGACCAAAAUCAUGUAGGACAAUUUUUGCGUUUGCGAAAAAAUGAAAUAAAAAACAGUUGAGGCUAGUCAUUCUCUCCAAUGAGUAUCAUUAUAUUUUCCCCUUGAGAAAUUAGCCGCUUGCAUGAUACAAAUCCGUUGGCUUAUGCUAAUUUGGCUCAAACUGAGUCAGAGUUCCCCAAAGUCUGAUAUCAAGCAGUUUGUGGCGAAAUAAAAAGGUGGAAAUUGUCGGAGACAUGCAAAAUGCGAAAACGCGCAACAAACCGCAAUCGAAUGCAUUCAAGUCCAAACAGAGUAACCAAGCAGCUAACAAAAGGCCAAAAGCAGUUCAUGACUCAUGCGAUGACUGGGGUUUCCAUAUGGUAAGGAACAUUGCAUGUCUGCCGGACUCACCUGGGCGUGAGAAAUGCAAUCCAAUGGCUCAUUUGCAUACAAAGCCGUUCGAUUGUGGGCCAAAGGCACAGAGGCGAUGGCUACAAAUGGCCCACAAACAGCUGCUGGUCUGCCCCGAAAAUUUAUCUCAGACAUCUCAGCUUGGCAUUGAUCGACUGGCAAGGGGCGUAAACCCCAUACAACUUAGCCAAAAUGAAUGUUUCUUGUACAUAGCCAGCGAUGUUUGAACUCAAGUUUACUUAGGAUCUAAGCGAAAGAAAUCCUCGGCAACUCUGUAAGCUAAUCUACAUCUAAAUCUAAGCAAAUCUUGUGCGUGUUGUAAAUUCAAAAAUAAAACAUAACUAAAUCAAACCAAGAGGCGGAAAAAAUCCUUGUCGGUUUUAGCUAAGUAAAAAAAAAACUAACCUUCCUUCAUUAACCUUCAUCAAUGAACUUUGUUAAUACUUUAGUUUACCAUUUAUUUGUAAGUAUUGGAAAAUCAAAUGUUUGACAAAGAAAGUAAAAACAAGAUAGUUUGUAAAACUGAACAUGAAAAUGAAAAAUAAAUUAAGUCCAGAAAAGC